AUGACCGGCGGCGAGGCCCGGGCCUGGGUCUGGGCUGCUCCGGCGCCAGCCAGCGCGGAAUCCCUCGCCAGGAACCAGCCCUCGCCGGGGGUCCUGCUGACCCUGGCGGGGCCCGCCCAGCCCCCCUCCGCGGGGCGCCAGGCCUGUGGCCAGCGGCACAAGAAGAGGCUGUUCCUGCGGCCGCGCAUCAUCGGGGGCUCGUCCUCGCUGCCCGGCUCCCACCCCUGGCUGGCCGCGGUCUACAUCGGGGACGGCUUCUGCGCCGGCAGCCUGGUCCACACCUGCUGGGUGGUGUCUGCGGCCCACUGCUUCUCCCACAGCCGCUCGCAGUUCGUCCAGCCCAUCUGCCUGCCUGAGCCCGGCAGCUCCUUCUCCCCCGGACAGAAGUGCCAGAUCGCGGGCUGGGGCCACCAGGACGAGAGCGGGGACAGCUACGCCAGCUCGCUGCGCGAGGCGCUGGUGCCCCUGGUGGCCGACCACAAGUGCCGCAGCCCCGAGGUGUACGGCGCCGACGUCAGCGCCAACAUGCUGUGCGCCGGCUACUUCGACUGCAAGUCCGACGCCUGCCAGGGGGACUCGGGCGGGCCCCUGGCCUGCGAGAAGGACGGGGUGGCCUACCUGGCCGGCAUCAUCAGCUGGGGCGACGGCUGCGGGCGGCUCAGCAAGCCUGGCGUCUACACCCGCGUGGCCAGAUACGUCGACUGGAUCAACGACCGGAUUCGGCCCUCCAGGCGCCCCUCCUGAGCCUUGGCGCCCCGC